AAGGUGCAAACAAGCAAAAGUUCUUAUAUUAAAUCAAUCAAUAAUAAAAAUAGAAGAUUAGAAGAAGUAGGUGUGUUAUUAGCAGGGGAAGAAUUAUGAAUGAGAAAGUGAAAGACAAGCUGUUAUCAUUGUUUAAUAAGCUAGAUAAAGAUGGAAGCGGGAAUAUAUCUCUGGAAGAGCUCUCUCUAGCCUGCUCUGACCUCUCCAUAAAGCUAACAGAAGAUGAAAAGAGAAGAUUCCUAAGAGCUGACUCGAGUGGUGAUCGCUUGCUCGAUUUUGAAGAAUUCUGUUCAUUUUAUACUCAGUCUCUUCAGGGAGUGUUUGAUAAUAUCGACAAAGACAAGAGCGGGGAGAUAAGUGUGGCUGAAUUAGAAGAUGCCUUUAAGAGGCUAGGCCAAUCAGUGAAUGGGAGGGAACUAAAAGCACUGCUAGCUCAAGUUGAUAAAGAUAAGAAUGGCCGCGUCGAUUUUAACGAAUUCUCAGAAUAUUUUAUUUCUCUCCCAUCUCCAUCCGUCCGUGCUGUACUGGAACAAUGGUCGAGCGGUUUAUCUGUUGACGUCGGUUCGGAUUUAGCUCCGCCUGUCAUCCCACCUCCUUCGAUGAAGAUUGGCUUGACACUAUUUGCCGGAGGAACAGCAGGGAUUGUGUCGAGGACUGCAACUGCACCUUUAGAAAAAAUCAAAAUAUUAGCCCAAACUAAUGGUGAAGCAAGGUUGGUUUCCACUUUUAAUAAUAUCAUAAAAAUGGAGACAUGGAGAGGACUGUAUGCUGGCAAUGGGUUGAAUUGUUUACGUGUGCUUCCAUUUUCAGGGCUUGUUUGUCUUGCCUAUGCCAACAUUGCACAAUAUUUCCCACUAGAUGGUACAUCAGAUAAUGUAAAGGUGAAUACAAUGGUGAGAAUGGGAGUGGGAGCAUUCGCUGGUUGUUUUGCUACAAUCCUCACUCAUCCAAUAGACCUAAUUAGAGCACAGGUUACUAUAGACACUGCGAAUAAACACAGUUUGGCUCAAAGAAUUCGAAUAAUUUAUCAACAAGAGCAACUCCGCGGUUUAUACAAGGGACUAGGUCCAACGCUGCUAGCAAUAGCUCCAUUCAUAGCCGUCCAACAAGCAAGCUAUGACCUUUUGAAACACAAAGCAACACUGCAUGGGCUGACACCAAGCCCAAUGCUCUUUUUAACUUGUGGAGCACUUGCUGGAGCUACUGCACAAACAGCUGUAUAUCCACUUGAUGUAAUAAGGCGAAGACUGCAAGUGUCUGGAGCAGCUGCAAGAUCCCUGAGAGAAUUAUUUUCAGGCCUCAGUGUGACAUAUCUUAAAAUAAUGCCAUCAGUUGCUAUUAGUUUACUAGUAAGAGACGCUUUAUUAGGAAGACUGAAAAAAUAAAUAUUAUUAUUAUUAUUAUUAUUUUUAUAACAAGUUUUGUAAUAGUAAAACUAGAUUGUCCAUUUCGGCCA